AUGUAUCACAUAAUUAAAGUAAUUUUAUACAGACUAUGGGUGGUUGCUAUGUUUAUUUUAUUUUCUAGUAUAAUAGUGUUUUGGUUUUAUGGAUCAACUAUAGGCGCCAUCGUAUUUAUGCUGGGAUUUUCAGGAAUCCUAUAUAAUGCACAAGAUCUUCUAUUGUACUACCCAAAUGACCCACCUGAUUCUAGAGCCUUUGUUUUACAUCCAAGUAAUUACAAACUUCCUUAUGAAAGUAUUAAAAUUAAUAGCAAAGACGGAGUAAAAAUUCAUAUUUUCCUCAUUAUGCAACAAGACAAUAGUAAUAUUGUCCCUACAAUGAUAUUUUUUCAUGGAAAUGCAGGCAAUAUGGGUCAAAGACUAGCAAAUGUAUCUGGAUUUUAUCACAAGCUCAAUAUUAACAUAUUGAUGUUGGAAUACAGAGGGUAUGGCCUCUCAGAAGGGUCACCAUCAGAACAAGGAUUGUAUACUGAUGCACAAACUGCCUUUGACUAUCUUAUGCAAAGAAGUGAUAUUGACAGGAAUAAAAUAUUCUUAUUUGGACGAUCUUUAGGUGGAGCAGUAGCCAUUGAUCUUGCUUCUAGAUUACAUAACAGAAAUAAACUUUGGGCAAUGGUAAUUGAAAAUACUUUUACAAGCAUUCCAGAUAUGGCUAAAAUUAUUCUCAAAUGGAGAUGUUUACUAUGGCUUCCACAAAUAUUUCAUAAAAAUAAGUAUUUGUCUUUAAAGAAAAUCGGGAAUGUUGUCACACCAACACUAGUUGUAUGUGGUACAAAUGAUGCUUUGGUGCCGCCACCAAUGGCCAAAGAGCUAUAUUUUAGAUGUGGUGCUGUCUGCAAGAAGAUAGCUGAAAUGCCCGGUGGAGGUCAUGAUAACACUUGGACAUGUCGAGAUUAUUAUUCUACAAUACAACAGUUUCUUGUGAAUUUGCCACCAGUAACAAAAAAUAUAGUCCCUUUUUUUGAUAGUGAAGGUGAGCCCCAUAAAAUAGUACAUAUUGUAUAG